AUGGAAUCUAAACCACGAUUGAUCGCUCCAACACCAAAACAUCAUCAAAUAAAUACUCCAACAUCAUCGAUGCCUGCAAAUUCUAUCGAUCCUCCACGAUUCCAUCGCGCAUAUCAUUUUUACCCUUCGUUUCAAUCACGAGAUACUAAACCGAUCAUUAACAAUUGGAUGAUGCCCGUUUUUUCCUUACAUGCUCCAACUUCUCAUCAAUAUCCUUCUUCAACGGCUUUAAGUAAUCAUAAUCAUUUGUAUAUGAUGUCAAUCCCUCAUAACACUUCUCACUUAACCGUCGCUGCUACUACCUCUCAACUUCAUCAACCUCAUUUUAAACGUUUGGAACAUUUAAAACGUCACAUGAUCACCCAUACUGGUGAACGUAAAUAUACCUGCAAUUACCCUGGAUGUGGUAAAAAGUUUGGAAGAUCUGAUAAUUUUUCCGCCCAUUGUAAAACUCAUACCAAGUCUAAUCUGAGAAAGUCUAGGAAAUCUACAAAUAUCAUUGAUGCUGAAUUGUCCAAUAAUAUCAAUUUAGAUAACAGGGGUUUAUCCGACCUUUUAUCAAAUAAUUUAUCAAAUAAUAUUUCUUCUUCCAACUUGUCGUCUAACUUAUCAUCCAACUUGACAUCCAAUUUAUCAUCUAAUUUGUCAUCUAAUUUGCCAUCUAAUUUGUCUUCCAAUUUGUCAUGUGAGAUGGCUUCUUCAUCUCAGACUCCUACCUUAACUCAAGAUCAAAUCGAUGCUUUCCAUUAUUAUUGUGAUACUACAAUUACUUCAAAUUCUAAUUCUUCAAUUUCUCGUUCUUCUUCUUCAAUCACUGAUGAUGCAAAUAACUCUGCGGACCAUGCUUCUGUGCGGUUUAGAGAAUGCUAUUAG